AUGGAAGAAAUACAACAACUUCUUACGAGGGCAACAGACAAUCUAUCCACUGGAAAUGUAAAGGAUGCAUACUUUUCAUAUAUAAGUGCACUCGACCUUGCUUCCAAAGAACUACAAAGCAUAAAGUUCAUAAAUAACGUUGUGACUUCGAAACCUCCAUCAAUAAGUUCAGUAUUUACAAUAUCACGAAAGUGUUUAGCUUAUGCUGAAGAUAUAAUUGUUAAAAAUCAACCACUAAGUCCAUCGCGCAAAAAUCCAAAUUUAAAUAUUGCCAUUUAUCCGCCCACACCACAGGAGGAGCAUUCAUUUGAUCAAAUAAAUAAACAAAAAGUUCCACGAAUACCUCCAAAACCUCGACGGUCAAUGACAAAGUAUAAUGACGAUGAAGAAUUGUCAAUAACAUCUCCAAAAAACGAGAUUUCAUUAUCGCCACAAUUAUCUAAACCACCACUACCACCAAAACCUACUCGGACAGGCAGCUUAAAAAAAUAUUUGAAGAACGUGGAGGUAUCAGGAGUGGGUAGAGAUGCACAAGUUCUUCCCCCGGAUAAAAAACAUGAGAAUAUAGAACAUUAUGGUGAUGUGGGUCAAGAAGACGAAGAUGUUGAGGAAGGUGUUGAGGAAGGGGUUGAAGGAGAUUACGAUGAGAGAGAUGGAGAUGAAGCCGAUACUUCUGAUUCUGACGAUGAAGAUGAAGACGAUGAAUAUCUUGCGAAAAAUAAUGACGCGUAUAGAAGAAAAUCAGAUGAAUCUUUAAAUGUAUCAACAGCACCGCUACUUCUUCGACGUUCAUCAUCCCCUAAUCUUUCAGUUACCACUGCUAGGCGACUAUCAACAUUAGCUGGAUCUCUUACUGAUUCUCCAACAGACGAAGAAAGUUCUUAUUCUUCUCACAUUUUAUCUCCAAGCUCGAGAUUUCAACUGUUUCCACAAUUUAAAAUGUCACUUCACGAAUCAAUAGCGAAUCUGCUCCCGUUCGAACGUAGGCAUGACAUAAUUAACGUAGUGCCCGAAGGAGCUGUUGAUCCAAAUAAUUUAAUUGCAGCAAAUGUAUUAAAUGAAUCAGAAAAUUCACAAUCACCCAGCUCCCCUUCUCAUAGCUAUUCGGAUCAUAUACCUCAAAUACCGGCUUCUCCUUUACUCAUCCAACAUUCGCAACUUGAACAAAAAAUUCAAUCAUUGGAAGUAAAGCUGAUCGAGUAUCGCACUAUACUGAAAACUCGACGGGCAGGAGAAACGGAUAAUAUUGACUUAAAGCAAAGUCCAUGUGAAUUAUCUGAUGAUGAAAUCAACGAAGCUCUUCUUGAAUAUGGAGCAAAUCUAGCAAGUUAUAAAGAAGCAAUUACUCGAAAUCGAAACUUGUAUUUCAAAGCUGCUGCUGAUCCGAGUAUAUUAGACUUCGCACCUCAUAUGAUUGCUUAUCAAUUGACAUUAAUUGAAUCUUCUAUAUUCUUGGAAAUCGACCCACUUUCCCUACUCGCGCAUUCUCCCAAAAAUCCGGAUCCAAAAAUAACUGCAUCUACAGAUUUCUUCAAUUUUCUAACACGUGUCGUAGAGCGUUCUAUAUUAUCACCGCAAGAAGCCUCGGCACGUGCUCUAGUUAUUCAUUAUUGGGUUAAAGUAGCUGUAAAAUUGCAUGAAUUGCACAAUUAUCAGACAUUAAAGGGUAUUCUAUCUGCUUUAGGUACACCUCCUAUAAAGAGGUUAAAACGAACAUGGGCUUGUAUUCCAAAGAAAAGUAUGACGAAAUUGGAUUCAUUGAAUGAACUUAUGAGUGAAUCAAGUAACUAUGGAAAAUAUCGUGAAACAGUACAGCAAGAGAAGUUUAUACGGAAACCAGUUAUACCAUUUUUAGGAACCUUUAUCAUGGAUGCAACGUAUUUAUUGGCCGCAGUCAAAUCAUCGGGAUCAGUUACCCCAAAUAGUAGUACAUCAUUUCCUUCAUCGGGAAGUUCAAAUGCUCGGGAUGAUCCGCGAGUUCAAGAAUUGUUGCAGUCCAUGAAAAGAUAUCAAACUGGACCUAAAUAUCCGCCAAAGCCACCAGUUUCAUAUAUAAAAGCCUCGACAAAACAUCAUUUUCGAACUGCAAGUAUUAGCGCUGCUUUACAUCGUGGUGGACAUAAAUUUCAUCUGAGACACGAUGAAGAUAACGAGACUGUUGAAGAACGACAACAAUUAUUGACUCAUUAUUUAUUAACACGAUCUUGGAUGCCCGAAAAGAAAGUUGAUGAAUUAAGCUUGUUGCGCGAGCCACAAAAACAUAAAAGUACAAGUGGUUCCUCUAAUUCUCAACGAAAUAGCGCAAAUGGUGGAACGUGGAAUGGAAUUAGUAUAAUAUCAAAUUCGAGCAGUAAAUUUCGUGAGAGUGCCGGCAGUACUGUUGGUGGGAGUGGAACUAGUACAGGCGGAAACGGGAGCACAAGUAGUGGAAGGGGAAGAACUAGUUCAACGAGUGGAAGUGGAGAAUCACGCCCAAACAGCAUGGGUGAAGGAUCUGAAGUCAAUUCAUCAUCAUCUAUCGUAACUAGAUUAGAAAAAGCAAUACCAAUUUUAGAAAAAGACAGAGAGAGUGGUAGUGGAAGUGGUGGCAAAAAAGUAGGAAAUUUUUUAUUCAGACCAAGGACAAGUUUGGAUCGAGCACGUGAUGAAAAAGAUAAGAAUCAUGAAAAAUCAAAAAAUGAAGAAUUUGAAAAAGAAAAUGACAAAAUUGAAGUUAGCAAAGAGAAAGAAUUGAACAUUUCUAAUUCUAUUGCAGAAAUAUCAUCGAUAAUAACAAGUCCUCUAUCGGUUAAACGUACAAGUUGGAGAACGGGGGCUAUGAGAGUAAUGUUUGGUGGAUCAGAGUCUGUUGCUGAAGUACCAAAAUCUCCAUCUCCACUAGUGAAAUUCAAUAGCGAUAACAAUCUUGCACUAUCCUCUUCACGAAGUUUAUCGGGAAACGAAGGAGGAUCACCUAAAAUUUCAUUAACACCUUAUAAUAAAGUUCAUCUUCGUACAUUAUCGUCCGCCACACCAAUGGUAAAACAACUUCCUUUCGCUUCUGUGCCACCCACCACUCGUAGAUCAAUGGAUGAAUCAAGAUCAACUACUCCGCCACCAUUACUUCCAAAGCCUGCGGGAUUGCUGCACAGAAGUGCAAGUACAUCUUCUGUUAGCAGUCGUGGCUCUAAUUCUAGUAUAUCAAAUGGAGGUCGUCCUUCUAUUAUUCUUGGUGGUGGCACAUUGAAUAGCCCAACUACAUCAAUGAAUAUUAUUACUAUGCUAGCAAGAAAAGUUGCCAGUGAAGUGGCGGCAGCUAGCGGAGGAACAUUGGAGAGAAAUCGAGAAUGA